CUCUCUCCUUGAUCAUUUCACAAAUCAUAAAAUCUCUCCGACCGGCAAAAAAAACCCGCCUCCCUCUCCGGCAUUUGCUUCGCCUCUAACGCCUCGGCUUUCUUCGAUCGCCUACUCUACAGUUUUCGGUGUUAAUUAUCUCUAGUUUAUAUAUAUACUAUAACUUCAUGGCGCUAAACGGAAACUACAACGGGGCCGCGGCAGAAGUUGAGUCAUUUUGUCAAGGAGGAGGACUACAUGACCCCUUGAACUGGAACAUGGCAGCGGAGGCACUGAAGGGGAGCCACCUGGACGAGCUGAAGAAAAUGGUGAGUGAUUACCGGAAGCCGGUGGUGAAGCUGGGAGGGGAGAGCCUGACGAUAGGGCAAGUGGCUGCGAUUGCCAACCACGACUGUGGCGUGCUCGUGGAGCUCUCGGAGGAGAAGCGGGCUGGGGUGAAGGCCAGCAGUGACUGGGUGAUGGACUCAAUGGGGAAGGGUACAGACAGCUACGGUGUCACCACCGGGUUUGGUGCAACCUCCCACCGGAGAACCAAAAACGGAGGAGCUCUACAGAGAGAACUCAUUAGAUUCUUGAAUGCCGGAAUCUUUGGCAGCAGCUUAGACUCUAAUCACAAAUUGCCUCACACCGCAACAAGGGCGGCGAUGCUAGUGAGGAUCAACACCCUCCUCCAAGGUUACUCGGGGAUUAGGUUCGAAAUUUUGGAAGCCAUUACCAAACUUCUGAACGGCAACAUCACCCCGUGCCUUCCUCUCCGGGGCACCAUCACGGCGUCCGGUGACUUGGUUCCGCUUUCGUACAUUGCCGGACUUUUGAUUGGCAGGCCCAACUCAAAGUCCAUCGGUCCUAACGGCGAGACCCUGACGCCAGCUGAGGCAUUUAAGUUGGCUGGAAUUGAGGGUGACUUCUUUGAAUUGCAACCCAAGGAAGGACUUGCUUUGGUGAAUGGUACUGCUGUUGGGUCUGGUAUGGCUUCUGUGGUGUUGUUUGAGGCUAACACUCUAGCUGUUCUAGCUGAGAUCAUGUCAGCGAUUUUCGCUGAAGUUAUGCAAGGAAAGCCAGAGUUUACAGAUCACUUGACACAUAAAUUGAAGCAUCACCCUGGCCAGAUUGAAGCUGCAGCCAUAAUGGAGCACAUUCUUGAUGGGAGUUCAUAUGUAAAAGAGGCUAAAAAGGUUCAUGAAAUGGAUCCUCUUCAAAAGCCUAAGCAAGACAGAUAUGCUCUAAGAACCUCCCCACAAUGGCUAGGCCCUCUGAUUGAGGUGAUCAGAUCUUCAACCAAAAUGAUUGAGAGGGAGAUCAACUCUGUCAACGAUAACCCAUUGAUCGAUGUCUCAAGGAACAAGGCUUUACAUGGUGGAAACUUCCAAGGAACCCCAAUUGGUACUGCCAUGGACAACACCAGACUCGCCCUUGCCUCUAUUGGAAAACUCAUAUUUGCACAAUUCUCUGAGCUUGUCAAUGACUUCUACAACAAUGGCUUGCCUUCCAACCUCUCCGGUGGCAGCAACCCAAGUUUGGACUACGGGUUCAAAGGUGCCGAAAUCGCAAUGGCAUCUUACUGCUCUGAGCUUCAGUUCCUUGCCAACCCUGUGACCAACCAUGUCCAAAGUGCUGAGCAACACAACCAAGAUGUCAACUCCUUGGGACUGAUCUCCUCUAGGAAAACAUCUGAGGCUGUCGACAUUUUGAAGUUGAUGUCAUCCACAUUCCUAGUUGCAUUGUGCCAAGCUGUUGAUCUCAGGCAUGUGGAGGAGAACUUGAAGAGUGUUGUCAAGAACACUGUAAGUAAUGUGGCAAGGAGGACCUUGACAGUUGCCUCCAACGGUGAGCUUCACCCUUCUCGAUUCUCCGAGAAACAUCUGCUCUCAGUCGUGGAUCGUGAGUACCUUUUCUCCUACAUUGAUGAUCCCUGCCUUGCUACCUACCCCUUGAUGCAAAAACUAAGGGCAGAGCUAGUUGAACAUGCUUUGAAGAAUGGUGACAAAGAGAAGAUCACAAACACCUCCAUCUUUCACAAGAUUGCUGCUUUCGAAGAGGAAUUGAAGAAUGUCUUGCCAAAAGAAGUCGACAAUGCCAGGGCCGAAAUUGAGAAUGGUAACGCAGAGAUUGCUAACAGGAUCAAAGAAUGCAGGUCUUAUCCCUUGUACAGGUUUGUGAGGGAGGAACUGGGGACUAAUUUGUUGACUGGUGAGAAAAUCAAGUCUCCUGGAGAAGAAUGUGACAAGGUGUUCAACGCAAUCUGCGCCGGAAAGCUGAUUGAUCCUCUGCUGGAGUGUUUGAAGGAGUGGAAUGGUGCCCCCCUGCCUAUAUCUUAAAGAGUACUGCUUUUGGCUGAAAUUGGUUUUAUUAAAUUUUCAUUUUCUAAUUGUGUCUAUACAAGGCUAAAAGCCUUGAAACUGAAGCAAAGAGUCUGUUUUUUUUUCAUUUCUUUUUUUUUUUUUACUUUUUUUUCUUACCCUGUUACUUUUUUUGUAAAAGUUGAUCUUCAACUGAUCACAAAAGUGUAUUAUAGACAAGAAGGCACAAAUGUGUCUAUACCCAGCAAAAAGAAUAGAAGUGUUUUUAUUACUAAA